AUGAAUUCGUUCAAUGAAUUUGGGGUCGACAGCGGGCUUACAGCGAAGGAGUUGAUACCAAAGCUUGAUCUUGCUAAGAAACACAUAUCUUCGCAGCUCCAUGUGGGUUUGCCGGAUAUCGAAGUUAAACAAUUAGUUUCGGCUGCUAUUGCUUUGAAAAGACUCGGUGCUAUUCUAUUUGUAUUUGGCCAUGGCUUUGGAGCCUUCCUCCUGUUUAUGUAUUUGCUGGUUAGCACUCUUAUUCUCUAUGACUUCUACAACUAUCGACCUGAAGAGCCCCAGUACGCUGCUCUGCUCGGUGAUUUUCUGCAGUCUGUUGCGCAAUGCAGUGCAUUAUUGUUCUUCUGGGGGUUGAAGAGCUUGAUCACAAAGAGGCAACUAAGGAAGAAAGUCGUGAAGCCGAAAACUGCUUAGAUAUAUCGAAGUGGUAGCAGGUGAAAGAUUGUUGAUUUGCAGUGCCAGGUAAUAUUUUGCAGGAUCAUCCGUUACCGAACCAAACUUUUAGUAGUUAAGCUUAUUUUAGUUAUUUAUUCACCGGAAUAUUCAAAAAAUACGUUUGCAGAUUCAAAUAUUUUCCCUUCGAUUACAAGUUUAAGUUUAAAAG